GGCAUUCAGGAGUCAAAGAGAGUCUUGGGUCAAAAAUAGGGUCUGUCCCUCCAAAAAGGGGCACUCUGGAGGCAUGAGUUCAUAUACUUUAUAUCAAUUUGUAGCACUUCAGUCAACCGAGAUAUCGCAAGAUACAUGCGCACAGGACACAUCCGGUAGACUACUGCGCCUGCGCUGUAGAGCGGCUUUGGCGAGCAUGCGCAUUACGAGCUGUCCCUGCCCCUGUCUCGCGUUUCCCUACAGCUCGGGUGCGCAGGCUCACUGAGGAGUCGGUGUGAUGGCGGCCGCGGUGUUGGCCGAAGGCUCGGUGGUUCCCGGUUAUACUGGCGGUAUUCAUAACGGUCACGGAGUGCCCACUACUUCUGGAACUGGUGUGGGCCCAGCAGCUUGGAACCGGUCUCUGGAAAGGGCUCUUGAGGAAGCUGCGGUGACCGGGGCUCUGAAUCUGAGCGGCAGGAAAUUGAGAGAGUUUCCGCGGAGCGCAGCGCGACAGGAUCUGAGUGACACAACACAAGCUGAUCUGUCUCGGAAUAGAUUGUCUGAGAUUCCUGCGGAAAUCUGCAAUUAUGUUUCUUUGGAGAGCCUAAAUCUUUACCAGAACUGUGUCCGCUACGUGCCGGAGGCCACUCUCAACCUGCAGGCCUUAACUUUCCUCAAUCUCAGCCGGAAUCAGCUGACUUCACUUCCUGGGCACGUCUGCAGCCUCCCCCUCAAAGUGCUUAUUGCAAGUAACAACAAGCUUGACUCCUUGCCAGAGGAGAUAUGUCAUCUGAGGCAUCUGACUGAGCUGGAUGUGAGCUGUAAUGAGAUCCAAGCACUUCCCCAGCAGAUUGGUAAAUUAGAAUCAUUACGGGAUCUGAACAUUAGGAGAAAUCACUUGGUGCGGUUACCGGAAGAAAUCGCAGAUUUGCCUCUGGUGAGAUUGGAUUUUUCUUGCAACAAAGUGACCAGUAUCCCAGUGUGCUAUCGAACUCUACGCCACCUCCAGACCAUUAUCUUGGAUAAUAAUCCUCUACAGUCCCCUCCAGCACAAAUUUGUAUCAAAGGUAAAAUCCAUAUAUUUAAAUACCUGAACAUAGAAGCUCUCAAGAAUGCUCCAGAUCUGCCAGAGUAUGACCGUAGACCUUUAGGCUUUAGUACUUGUCAUGAUGAUAUGUAUCCUGGCCGUACAUAUGGGGCUCUGGACUCUGGGUUUAAUAGUGUUGACAGUGGUGACAAGAGAUGGUCUGGGAAUGAGCCUACAGAUGAAUUUACAGACCUUUCUUUUCGAACAACGGAAGCAAUUAAAGAGCAGAGGCUUCGAAGAGAUCACCAAAACCAAGAUUCCCGGGGCAGUUCAGUAAUUGCAAAUGGAGGUGUGGAGCAUGACUUGGAACAGAUAGACUACAUAGAUAGUUAUACUACAGAAGAAGAGGAGGAGGAGGUGAGGCACUCCAGAGGAGACAGUCUAAGCUCACAAUUCAUGGCGUAUAUAGAGGAGAGAAGAGUGUCACAUGAGCACUCGCCAUUAAAACAGGCACAAGCAAGAGAACAACAAAGGUCCGAGGAAGCCAGAGGACAUUUAUACCACAGCAGAACCCAGGAAGAGCUGAAAAGGCCUGAAUCUCUGAGUUUAAUACAAAAUAAGCAUAGACAGCCAUCACCACGUAGACAAACUGACAGAUCCCAGGUGGAUGCUACAUAUCUUCUAUCCUUGAUAAAUAGUCCAAACCAGACAAAAACAGACCGACAUAGAAGAGAAAUAUUAGAAAGCACCAGGAAGGAGGCACAACUGGCGGCGCAGCAGUAUGAGGAGGAGAGGAUAAAGGACAGGUCCUUACAUCCAGACUCUUUAAAAAAAACCUUGAGUCCAGAGAAGCAGAGUCCGCUGGACAGUGAGUGUUCCCUCCCAUCCAGACGCUCCCAGCAUACAGAUGAUAGUGCCCUCUUAGUGAAUGGUUUUGAGCCUUGCUUUGUCUUUGAGGUUGACAAUAACACCAAUACCAUUAAAAGGAGGCCAGGAAGCCAUAUGCAGAGUGAUGAGAGGUCAUCGCUGACUUCCAUAUCUCCCACUUCUCAGACUGUACAUUUAUCCUCACCAGCAUCUGGUACAUCAUAUCGAAGCUCUCCUCAGCGUCCAGAAAGUUUCUUAUUCCGGGCUGCUGUUCGAGAAGAAGUCAAGAGAAGUAACACUCCUCCUGCUUCUGCCCCUUUUACUGAAUGUACAAACUCCAGAUCAGAGCACAGCUCCAAGAUUAGACAGGAGGAAUUAGAAGUCACUGAGCAACUUAAAAAGAACAUAGAAUCACGAUUAAAGGUAUCACUUCCCAAUGAUCUGGGAGCCGCUCUCACAGAUGGUGUGGUGUUAUGUCAUUUAGCCAACCAUGUUCGCCCGAGAUCAGUGCCGAGCAUACAUGUUCCCUCACCUGCUGUUCCUAAGCUCAAAAUGGCAAAAUGCAGGAGAAAUGUUGAAAACUUCCUGGAAGCCUGCAGAAAAAUUGGGGUUCCCCAGGAUCGUAUGUGUCUGCCUCCACACAUCCUUGAAGAGACCGGAUUAAUUGAAAUAGCAGCAACCGUGCAGGCCCUGCUGGAUCUUGCACCACCAAAACCGCUUUCCCCCACCAGUGUUUGAAUGCCAUGUUAUCCACUGGCUCCUCAUUGUGUGUGCCACUUCUGCAGCCUGCGGUUCACUAAAGAGGUCUGCGGAUAACAAGCACGUAAGGAGGGACUUUACACACACAUGCUCCAGUUUUGUUCACCAAGGGCUUUUAAUUGAAUGUUCCAUUUUUAGUACCUACUCAAUGUUCUGCAUUCAUUAUCAAUUUUUUAAGCACUUUCUAAAAUAUACAUGAUUAAAAUUAUGCCUAACCAAUGAAGGGGCUAUAAAGACAAUACGAAGUGCAAUAUUCACAACUGACACCAGUGUCCGAAGAGGAAAAGCUGUUCUAAAGCCCUGCAGAAGAACAAGUUAUUUAUUUUACUUUCCUUGUUCAUCCCAAUGGAAGUAAGUCUUAAGUGCGCCUGAGAAAUUCCCUGACCAGUCUGACAAUCGAAUGCAUACAGUACGUUCUGCACCCCGUGUUUGUGGCUAAGAAGCAGGGAAUAAAAGGCAAAUAAGCAGAGCGCUAACAUGCACUUCUAUGGAGGUCUGGCACACAAAGAUUACUGACUGAUUUGAAUGAAGGCUGCCAUGCACACAGUAUUCCCCUGGUUUGCAGAAGUUGAAUAUGAAAAACAGCAUAUAAACUCCUAAAGUGACUAAACCUUUCCUGGUAUGCACACCUUGACCUGGCCUUCUUGGAAUUUGAAUUCCUUGACUGUCAAGGUAAUGGAGUAAUUCCUGUGCUUUGUUUUUUUUUUUUUUUUUGUUUAGUUUUUUUUUAUUUAUGUUUUUAUUUAUUUUAUCUUUUUAAGCUUUGAUCAUUUCAGUCUUUGGUCGCAGUGAACAAAUUUACAGGAAAGGGACUGAUUUAGCCGGUAGUUGGUCUUAAAUGUCUCAUGGCGAUCUUGUAAAUAUGUAUUACAUGUUGUACAACAGGCAGAAACAAAAGGUUCGUAGAAGACUGAUAGAGUAAAUGUAACAUCUGAGUUGACCAUGAAAGCAUGGGAUCUGGUCAUUGAAAGAUCUGUUAUUGGCUGGAUAUACUGUCCAACCUUCACUAACCACAUGUGGUCAGGAAGAAUUUUAUAAAUCACCUUUACAACACUGAGCUUCUAAAAACGGAACUAUAGAUUUUUCUGUUGAUAUAUGUGGCCAUGCUCUGGAUUUGUAGCUCUAGUAAUAUCCCCUUGUAGACUUUUACACGGUUAGUAAAAUAAAAGUACAUUUUAUGGGGUACCGUAUAUACUCGAGUAUAAGCCGACCCGAAUAUAAGCCGAGGCCCCUAAUUUUACCCCCAACAAAUGGGAAAAAUUAUUGACUCGAGUAUAAGACUAGGGU